UUGACAUUUUGUUCAAUUUGACGAAAUGAGGCUUAAAGAGCUAGAGGGAUACCUUCAGCAAGUCGAUGUUUUCGGAAAACCAAAAGUCGAUCUUGAACAAUAUCCUACGACACCUCAUAUUGCAGCUCAUAUGCUGUACACCAUUGACAAAACUUUUGGUGACGUUGAAGGCAAACUUGUUGGAGAUUUGGGUUGUGGAUGCGGUGUUUUAAGCAUUGGUUCAUGUAUGCUUGAAAGUGCUAUGACUAUCGGAUUCGAUGUGGACAGUGACGCUUUGGAAAUCGCAUCUAGGAACUGCGCUGAGUUUGAGAUCACCUCAUGUGAACUUGUUCAAUGUGAUGUGGAACAGAUUACUUUGUACGACAGAUGGACUAAAGCGUUUGACACGAUUAUUAUGAAUCCUCCAUUUGGGACAAAGAACAACAAAGGUAUUGACCUGAUGUUUCUACAAAAGGCCAUAAUUAUGUCGAACACGGCUGUAUAUUCCCUUCACAAGACUGCGACAAGAGAACACAUAAAGAAAAAGGCCUCUGAAUGGGGAGUGAAGCUGGAUAUAUUAGCUGAACUGAGAUUUGAUUUAGCUGCAAGCUACAAGUUUCAUCGCAAAAGGACGGUUGAUAUUGAGGUAGACUUCAUAAGAAUAGACUGUUCAACAAAAUUAUGAUUAACGCAAAUUGAAUUUUAUGAGAAAAUCUGACAAGACCACUGUGUGAAAAUCCAGCCUUUUGUUUUGAAGAGUUUCAGUUGACUAGCUACUUCCUCCAUUUUGCUGGCCAUUUUCAAAUAAAUGAAGCUCAAUACAACCUUAUAAAUGAAUACUUUUCUAAAUUUUUGAGACUGAAAGAUGUCUUUGUGUGUUUAUUCAAUGUUUUCUGCUUACAAAUCAACUAUCUUUUUCUUAAAGUAUUCCACAGCUUUUUUGAUGCAUAGUUUGGUAAGGAAACAAUUCAGUUAUUUAUUGUCAUUCAGUUAUGAAAACUGUCACGGUAUUGUCCCACGAAUCUCUUAUAAUGGUUAUGGUGGAGGAAAAGAAGUGAAAGACAAUCUCUGGGUAACUGUGCUUGCAGUAGGAGUUAAAUUGGGAACAAAUCCUGGAAGAAAGAAAUGCUGUGUA